AUGUCCACAAAGUACAAGAUUGUUCUUAUCCGACACGGAGAGAGUGUUUACAACGAGAAGAACUUGUUCUGUGGCUGGCACGACGCGGAUUUGUCUAAUACCGGAAUUAUAGAAGCCAAAUACGCCGGCGAGCUGCUAAAGAGGGGAAAUUAUGAGUUUGACCUGGCCUUCACAAGUGUGUUGAAGAGGGCUAUCAAGACUCUUUACCUUGUUCAGGAGGAGUUGGAAAUUCACUGGCUUCCAGUUGUCAAAUCCUGGCGGCUCAAUGAAAGGCAUUAUGGGGCACUUCAGGGACUAAACAAAUCAGAAACGGCCGCAAAAUAUGGCGAGGAUCAAGUUCAGAUUUGGCGCCGAUCUUAUGAUAUUCCCCCUCCACCACUUGAAAAGUCUGACGAACGAUGGUCAGGAAGAGGCAAACAGUAUGCUCAUAUGGACCAAGGCAUGAUCCCAGCCUGUGAAUGUUUAAAAGAUACAGUCGCUCGCACAUUGCCAUUUUGGUAUGAUUCAAUUGUCCCUGCCAUUAAGAGUGGACAGAGAGUGCUGAUCGCUGCCCAUGGAAACAGCCUGAGAGGCCUCAUCAAGUACCUGGACAAUGUCUCAGACAAUGACAUAGUUUCCCUCAAUCUCCCUACAGCCAUCCCCUUGGUGUAUGAGCUCGAUGAAAACCUUCGGCCAGUUAGGCACUACUACCUGGCUUCUGAGGAGGAGGUUAAAGCCGCACAGGCCAAAGUGGCUGCCCAAGGAAAGGCUAAAUAA